GUUAAGGAGAAACAGGGAGGAGUGUGUCGAUCCGGAACAAGACCGGAACAAAAAAAGUGAGAGGAGAAAAAGCGAUCAAGUCAGAGAAAAAUCUUCGUCCUGCUUUUAGAGAGCAUAAAGUCUUCUUACAUUGUAUACAGUCGCGUGAUGGCUGAGCGUGUGAGAGCGUGUAGUGUGUCAGGGAGUCCUGAGGGGCCGUACCGAGCAGUGCAGUGUUUGGACGGUCUGGUACAGUGGGAGUUUGAGGGCAUGGACACGGUGGAUAAGCUGUUCCGUUACGCAGUGGACAGAUUUACACACUCGCCCUGUGUAGGGACCAGGGAAAUCCUCUCACAGGAAAAUGAGACACAGCCCGAUGGCAAAGUCUUUCAGAAGCUAGUCCUGGGUCAGUAUAAGUGGAAGACAUAUGAGGAAGUCCAUCAUCAAGUGAACUUCCUGGGCGUUGGCCUGUCUGCUUUGGGUCAAAGGCCACGCAGCUCUAUUGCCAUCUUCUGUGAGACAAGAGAGGAGUGGAUGAUCACAGCACUGGCCUGCUUCAGAUUCAACUACGCCUUGGUGACACUCUACGCUACGCUAGGUGAAGAUGCUGUAGCAUUCGGAUUGAACCAGUGUGGAGCCACACACCUCAUCACGAGCAAGGAAUUGCUAGAAACCAAGCUGAAGGCGGUGUUGCCGGAUGUUGUGGGUCUGAAGCAUGUGAUCUAUGUGGGCAGUGGGGGUGUGUCUGUGAAAAAUUACCCACAAUUCCUCAGCAUCCACAGCUUACAGGAAGUGGUGGAGCUUGGAGCCAAACCUGAGAACUCGAGUGUGCAGUGUGAUGCUCCCUCUCCGUCCGAUCUCGCUGUAGUGAUGUACACUAGCGGCUCGACGGGUCGUCCUAAAGGAGUGAUGAUGCACCACAGUAACCUCAUUGCAGGAAUGGCUGGCCAGUGCCAGAGAAUCCCGGGUCUUGGGCCUGAGGACACGUACAUUGGUUAUCUUCCACUGGCUCAUGUUCUGGAGCUGACAGCCGAAAUUUCCUGUCUGAGUCAUGGCUGCCGGAUCGGAUACUCAUCACCACACACACUCUCAGACCAGUCCAGCAAGAUAAAGCGAGGCUGUAAGGGAGACUGUACAGUGCUCAAACCCACUCUGAUUGCUGCUGUCCCAGAGAUUAUGGACCGGAUCUAUAAGAAUGUGAUGAGUAAGGUAGCAGAGAUGAGCAUACUACAGAGGGUGCUGUUCAACAUGGCCUACAAAUACAAAGUACAGCAGCUGGAACACGGUGCAGAUACACCCAUAUGUAACAAGGUGGUGUUUAAGCGUGUAUCCAUGUUGCUGGGGGGGGGUGUGAGGUUGAUGCUCAGUGGUGGCGCUCCUCUCUCUCCUGACACACACCACUUCAUCAAAGUGUGUUUUUGCCCCAUUCUCAUUGGGUAUGGCCUCACAGAGACCUGUGGGGCAGGAACCAUCUCAGAAUCUUCUGAUUAUACCACAGGACGGGCGGGGGCACCUCUCAUCUGCUUUGAACUCAAACUGCGAGACUGGCCUGAGGGAGGAUACACCAGUCAGGACAAACCCCACCCCCGAGGUGAGAUUCUGUUUGGUGGGCCGAGCAUUGCCAUGGGUUACUAUGGGAAUGAGACCACAGAAGAGAGCAGGGAAUUCUGGGUAGAUGAGGCAGGGCAGCGCUGGUUCUGUACUGGUGAUGUGGGGGAGGUUCAUCCUGAUGGCUGCCUGCAGAUAGUUGACCGUAAGAAAGACUUGGUGAAGCUACAGGCAGGUGAAUAUGUGUCUUUGGCAAAGGUGGAGGUGACACUGAAGAACUGUCCACUAAUCGACAACAUCUGUGUCUAUGCUAACAGCAAUGAGAACUACAUUAUCAGCUUUGUGGUGCCCAAUCAGAAGCAACUUACUGAACUGGCCAAUAAAAAUGGGAUUGGGGGCAAGUGGGAGGAGCUCUGUAAUCAUGCCACACUGGAACAGGAAGUUCUAAAAUCUAUUAAAGAGGUUGCAACAAUGAAUAAACUGCAGAAGUUUGAGGUUCCCGUGAAGGUACGUCUCAGUUCUCAGGCCUGGACUCCAGAGACAGGACUCGUUACUGAUGCUUUUAAACUGAAGAGAAAAGAAUUACAGACACACUACAAACACGACAUAGAGAGGAUGUACAGAGCCAAAUAACACACACACACACACACACACACACACACACACACACACACACACAGUGGUAAAAGGUACUGAUAAGCAGAGGUGAUGCGCUGACCCCUGGUGGAUCCAUAAAUAUAAACCUGAGGGUUCUAGCUGGGGAAAGUAAACUACAGCUCUCUGUUUAUCAACACAAAGAGGAAAAAUGUAUUUCUCUAAUUGUUUAUUAUAAACCCUUUCAGUAAAAAAAAUUAAUAUGAAGAAAAGACCCAGUACUUUUGAUUCUCUCAGUUAUUGUGAAUAAGUGUGGUGAGGGACUCAGUCGUGCACAGUGUCCAUGGCACAAAGACCAGCAUUACUGAGUAAACUAUCCGAGUGACAUUUCUGACAUUCAGUAGUGAAUUUUAUUUUCCUAAAUGCUUAUGUUUGUAUAAAGGGAACUGUGUGUGUCUGUGUGAGUGAGAAACUCGCUGUUCUGGACCAACUGGAAACACCACAUGUGAAAUAAUGGAGGUUCAUCUGCCUUAAAACCAUGUAAAUAAAUUCAACCCAAACAUACAACAGGAGAAUGAGCUUUAAAGACGAGUUUAAACAGUUAAACAGAAGUAUUUGCGUCACUGUGAUUGCGGACCUCACAGAGCUCAGGGUGUGAGCACUCUCAGCUGGAGGAGUGUGUCCUCAUGUUCACUCUGUUACACUUUUAUAGAUGGAGACUGUCUUUAAUGGAUCAGAGGGUUAUUUUGAUAAAGAUUUUUUUCAACGUCUGAAUUGGGUCUUGUUUCAGUUCACCUUGUUUAAAAAAGUGUGCACUUUUGUUAGUGAUUUUUAUAUGUAACAAACACCAAACAUUUUACUCCAGUUAUUAAUUAAAAUAUCUCUUUAUUUAAAAAAAAAUCAUGACAAUCACAGGUACACGUUCUCUGUCAUUUAGCAUUAAAUAAAUAAAUAAUAAUGAAAAUGUCCCUGUUCACUUUCAUUUAAAUUGUAGUGAAACUUCAUGAUAAGAAAACUAUUUUUAUCAAAUCAUGUUUUUAUGAUAUUUGGAAUUGAUCAUAAAAUGUAAUUUAUUUAUUAUGUUAAUGUUAAUUACAGGAUCAUUCUCAUGUAAAAAAUGUAUAAUAAGAAUUUGUGACAUUAUAUUGAAUUCAUAUUAGAUAUUAAAGGAUUAUAUUUCUAAUGUCACUAUAAAAUGUAGUUCAUUGAUUAUUAUAAGAAUUACACCCUCAAAUCAGACAGAGUUGGGACGGUAUGUUGAGUUGAAGUUGAAACUGAAAUUAAAACUGAAAAUGAUUUGUAAAUAAUCUUUGGCCUGUGUUACACUCAAAACAAUACAACAGCACAUUACCUGAUGUUUUACUUCAUUAAUUUUUUUUUCUAAAUAAACACAUUUCAACUUUGAUUCUUACAACACGUUUAAAGAAAAGUUGUUACAGUGAAGCAUUUCCCACUUUAUAAUGUUCCCGUUCCUUCUCCCGACACUUAAAAGAUGUUUAUGGACUGAAGACUCCAAGUGGUGAAGUGUUUCAGGUGUUAUUUUUAUCCUGCCCUUCUUGUAAACAGGUCUUAAGGUGUGUAACAGUACGGUGUUGUCACUGUCAUAUUUUUCAUUUCUCAAUUCUCCACACAUUCUCUAUUGGGGACCGAGGGGACACACCCUCUUCAGCAGCCACGCCUUUGUAAUGUGAGCAGAAUCUCAGUGGACUUUUCUGCAUUAAUGCUCCAUCACAGAAGUGCAAGUUACCUCUGCCAAGGGCACUGACCCAACCCCAUACCAUGACACACCCUGGCUUUUGGACUCGUUCCUGCUAACAGUCUGGAUGGUCCUUUUCCUCUCUGGUCCAGAGCACACGGCGUCUUCCAAAAAAGACCUGGAAUACUGAUUCGUCUGACCACAGUACCCGUUCCCACUGUGUGAUGGUCCAUCCCAGACACCGCUGAGCCCAGAGAAGUCGACGGCGCUUCUGGACACAGUUAACAUAAAGCUUCCUUUUUACACAGUAAAGUUUUAACUGGUGUUUGUGGCUGUAACUCUGUAUUGUAGCUUGAUAAAGGUUCUCAAGAGUGA